AUGCCAAUGGCCGCAUCGUUCCGGGCGAGCACCGCGAUACUCCCGGACUUUCUGCUUCCAAGGCUCGUCAGAUCCGCGGGAUGGUGCUCCCCGAAGACUCGGCUGCGAACAAAUCCAUCGUUGUUGUCGCAAAGAUGGCAGAGACGAUAUGCUUCGAAUGUUCGAGCGAACCCGGAGCUCGAAGCGCGGGUUGCUGCUGUUCCGAUUGAGAGAAUGCGUAACUUCUGCGUUAUAGCCCAUAUCGAUCACGGGAAAAGCACACUUAGCGACCGUCUUCUCGAACUUACUGGUACCAUAAAACCCGGCGGCAGUGCCCAAGUCCUCGACAAACUCGAUGUCGAACGUGAGCGUGGUAUUACCGUCAAAGCUCAGACAUGUACUAUGCUUUAUAACCACAAGGGAGAAGAUUAUCUCCUCCAUCUGGUCGAUACUCCAGGUCACGUUGACUUCCGCGCCGAAGUCGCACGAUCAUAUGCAAGUUGUAAUGGAGCGUUGUUGGUUGUGGAUGCAUCGCAGGGUGUACAGGCACAGACUGUUGCAAACUUUUAUCUAGCGUUUGCACAGGGGUUGAGUAUGAUUCCGGUUAUUAAUAAGGUAGAUUUACAGCAUGCGGAGCCGCAGAGGGCUGUAGAGCAGUUGAAGAGUACCUUUGAAUUAGAGGAUCCGGUGCUGGUGUCUGCGAAAACGGGGCUUAAUGUUGGUGGGAUUUUGCCGGCGGUUAUCGAACGGGUGCCACCUCCGGAGGGGGGUGUGGAUAAGCCGCUGAAGAUGUUGUUGCUUGACUCUUGGUAUUCUACAUAUAAGGGAGUUGUGCUUCUGGUAAGAGUUUUUGACGGUGUAGUCAAGCAAGGAGAUCAGAUUAUGUCCGUUUCGUCGAAACUCAAGUAUUUCGUCGGGGAGUUGGGAAUACAGUAUCCUACCGAAGUUGCAACGUCCUCGUUGAGGGCAGGGCAAGUUGGAUAUAUGUAUUUCAAUCCCGGGAUGAAGAAUAUUUCGGACGCAAAGUUGGGAGAUACAUUUUGCCAUGUUGGGAAGGAGGUGGAGCCUUUUAGAGGGUUUGAAGAGCCACAGCCUAUGGUGUUCGUGGGUGCUUUCCCGACAAAUCAGGAUGAAUUCCAGAAGCUGGAGGACAGUAUAAACCAAUUGACGUUGAACGACCGAAGCAUCACAUUAGCGAAGGAGUCUUCUCAUGCGCUUGGGUUAGGAUGGAGGUUGGGCUUCCUGGGGACACUCCACUGCUCCGUCUUCGAAGAUAGAUUACGACAAGAGUUUGGUGGCUCAGAGCUUCUCAUUACCGCACCAACCGUACCUUUCAAGAUCGUCUGGAGGGACGUUGGCAAGAACAAAGCAGGUGAAGACGGACCUAAGGAAACGAUCAUUACAAACCCGGCACUCUAUCCUGAAGAAGACGUUGUAAGGACCAAGGUCGAAGAGAUUCAAGAACCGUUCGUCUUGGCAACCAUCACCGUCCCUGCCGAACCCGCUGAAUUUCUUGGGCACGUUAUUGAGUUAUGCCAAGAAAACCGGGGGACACAGGUAGAAUUGACAUGGUUCGCGACUCAGGUUAUUUUGAAGUAUAAGCUACCAUUACUGCAGCUAGUCGACAAUUUCUUCGGCAAAUUGAAGGGAAUUACAAAGGGUUACGCUACACUAGAUUACGAAGACGCCGGAUAUAUGAAGUCAGAUAUCGUCAAACUGGAGUUGCUGGUGAACAAAGAGCCGGUGGAUGCCAUUGCACAGCUGUGCCACCGGAGUUCGGCGGAGAGGCUGGGUCGUAUGUGGGUUCAGAGGUUUAAGAGCUUUGUGGAUAGACAACUGUUCGAAAUUGUCGUUCAAGCGGCUAUCGGGAAAAGGGUUCUUGCGAGAGAGACGGUUCAAGCGUUUAGAAAGGACGUUACUGCUAAGUUAUACGGUGGCGAUCAUACAAGAAGAAAGAAACUCCUAGAAAAACAGAAAGCCGGAAAGAAGAAGCUUCGAGCAAUUGGCAACGUCAUUAUUGACCAGAAAGCAUUCCAAGGUUUCCUUUCGAAAGAUGGUGGAGAAUCGAAGCCAAAGAAGAAAUAA